UAACCUGUCUUUAGCUCCACCCAGUCCCCCACCACUUUCAUUCUUAACUCAACAAAAAACCCAUUAUCUCUCUUUCUCUAAUCAUUCUUUACUUUAUAUGUUCAACUCAAUAUGUCACCAGCCUUAGGAGAAUUUACCGGAGAAGAAGAUGUACAGCUUCCUGCUGACAAAACUCUUUUCGGUAAAUACGAGCUAGGGAAGCUUUUAGGCUAUGGCGCUUUCGCCAAAGUCUAUCAAGGCUGGGACAUCGAGUCUGAACAAAGUGUCGCGAUUAAGGCGAUUAACAAACAAAGAGUUGUGAAAGGCGGCUUAACGGGUCAUGUUAAGCGUGAGAUAUCCGCCAUGAGAAGGCUUCAUCAUCCAAAUAUUGUGCGAUUACAUGAAGUAAUGGCGAACCAAAAGAAGAUAUAUUUUAUAUUAGAGUUCGCCAAAGGUGGCGAACUCUUUUCAAAAGUUGCAAAAUCACGCUUUAGUGAAGAUCUGAGUAGAAGAUAUUUCCAACAGCUGAUUUCAGCUGUUGGAUAUUGUCAUUCUCGAGGUGUGUACCAUCGAGAUUUGAAACCAGAGAAUUUACUUUUAGAUGAAAAUUGGAAUCUAAAAGUAACUGAUUUUGGUUUGUCUGCUGUAACUGACCAGGUGUCAGGGACAGCAGACAAGGUACUACAUACGAUGUGUGGUACACCUGCUUAUGUGGCACCAGAGAUUUUAGCUAAAAAAGGUUAUGAUGGUGCUAAAGUUGAUAUAUGGUCAUGUGGGAUUAUAUUAUUUGUUCUUAAUGCGGGUUAUUUACCUUUUAAUGAUCCGAAUUUAAUGGUUAUGUAUAGAAAAAUAUAUAAAGGGGAAUUUCGUGUCCCCAAAUGGACGUCUCCAGAGCUGAGACGUUUUUUAUCGCGUCUUCUGGACACAAAUCCCAAAACACGGAUCACUGUUGAAGAAAUAUACAGUGAUCCGUGGUUCAGGAUUGGGUACAAAGACGCUGAUAUUAAGUCCCAAUAUUUUGAAACAACUAAGGAUGACGGUGGUCGGAAUUUAAAGAACUUGAAUGCAUUUGACAUCAUAUCAUUUUCGUCCGGGUAUAAUUUAUCGGGUUUGUUUGACGAACAAGAUGCGGGAGAGAUGUUUUUGUCGACGGUGGCGCCGGAGGCGAUAAUCGAGAAGGUGGCUGAUGCGGCGGAGGAAGAAGGGUUAAAGGUGGCGAUGAGAAAAAAGUGGUGUGUAAAAGUUGAUGGAGGGCAAUAUAGUAAUUUCACAUUGAUGGUGGAGGUUAAAGGGUUGACGGAGGAGAUAGUGGUGGUUGAAAUUAGGUGGAGAGAAUGUGAGAAUGAAUCCGGUCAAGAAAUGUGGAAAGAUAAACUUAGGCCAAUGUUGAGUAAUUUAAUUUACCAACCUGAGGUUAACUCAGAGUAAUUAAUGAAAAUAAAACACAACAUCAAAACGUAAAUA